AUGAGAAUCAAGUAUUUUACCGUAUUACCUUUACUUCUCCAGUUGUGCACUGAUCAAGUGGCAGCUGGACCUUCUGACGAAAGGCGUGUUACAGGUUACAACCAUGGCCCUUCUUACUUGUCUUCGUUUGUUUUCCAUAACUUGGAUCGUUGGACUAGGUGGUCACCCAAUCAGCCAAUUGAGGCUCCCGUUGACCUUGACAUGGUGCCUACGAACGCCUCCAGACCGGCUUUGCAUGAGGUUCACUCAUUGGCUGCAAAUCCAACUUCUACCACUGUUGACAUGCCAUUUGCCCUGACAGUCACCCCAGACCAUCCUGAUGGCUCUGACGGUUCUGGAGGUUCCGACCUGUCAAAUGAUCUUAUCGAUAGUUCGGAUGAACCCGAAAGCGACGGGGGAGACAGAGAUGGCAGAAAUCCAGAUAACAUCUAUCGAAGCCCAAGUGUGGAGCAGGCCUCAAUAGGUCCUUCUCACAACACGAGUUCAUCGUUUAUUUUUGUUGCUAAUCGGCAGCCUAAUAUAGUGAGUCCAGUUUUAUCGAUGGGGGUAUCAUAUGGUUGCAUGACUUGGGUGAAUGCUGUUGAUUUCAACGCAACAGCUAUCAGGUAUCUUCGUCAGUCUGAACUAAAGUGCACGGCAUAUGCUUUCCAGAAUAGCGACUGUACGGGUAACAGACAAGAGAUUGACUUGAGGCAACCAAUUGGCGUUGUUUUGCUUCCUCAAGAAUUCCGUUCUGUAGAAGUGUUUUGUUAA